AUGCCGACCGGACGGUUCGUCGGCGGGAAGCCUGCCAUGCCGAAAGCUCUGUCGGCCGAGGAACUGCAGGAAAUGGACAACGAGGACCGGUUGCUGUACGUGCGCAUACACGAGAAGGGGGACGAGGCGGAGCGUGCGCGCUUUGUCAUCUAUGCACCCCGCCUCUGCGGCAGCUAG